UAACGGUAAACAUUAUAAUUUAAAAAAAAUUCUGACUUGAUGGGCAAAUAAUUUAAAACAAGUUAAAUUUGGAUUACAUAUCUAAUUUGGAUUAACCCAUUCUAUGUUCAUAUUCUUCUAAUGAACAGACAUGGGGCUUCAUACACUGAACACUCCUCGGUACUAUCUCUCUUUGUUUCGUUGGGGGAACUGAGCCAGGCCCCCCAAGCCCAUGGAGAGUCAGACUGCGAUGGUGUCGGAGUUUAUUUUGCUGGGAUUUCCUCUCAGCAGGUGGGUGGUGCUGUUUCUGGUGCUGCUACUGCCCACGUUCCUGCUGACGCUCCUGGGGAGCCUGCUCAUCAUCUCCAUUGUGUUGUCCUACUCCCGCCUCCACACCCCCAUGUACUUCUUCCUGUGCAACCUCUCUGUCCUGGACAUCCUCUUCACCUCAGUCAUUUCUCCGCAAGUGUUGGCCAACUUAGUAUCUGAAGAUAAAACCAUCUCUUUUGCAGGAUGUGUCACCCAAUGUUAUUUCUAUUUCUUUCUGGGCACUGUAGAGUUUCUUCUGCUGACAGUCAUGUUGUAUGAUUGCUAUGCUGCCAUCUGCUACCUUCUAUGGUACAGCAUCAUUAUGAGACCUCCUGUCUGCAUUGGGACCAUUGUGUUCUCUUGGGUGGGAGGCUUCCUAUCUGUGAUCUUUCCAACCAUCCUCAUCUCCCAGCUGCCCUUCUGUGACUCCAACAUCAUUAACCACUUCUUUCGUGACAGCGGAUCCUUGCUGGCCCUGUCCUGUGCAGACACCACUGCCAUUGAGCUGAUGGAUUUUAUACUUUCAUCCACAGCCAUCCUCUGCUGUAUAGUUCUUGUAGCCUAUUCCUAUAUGUUCGAUUUGACAAUAGUGUGUAUUCCUCCUCCAAUUGGAAGGAAGAAGGGUUUUAACACUUGUGCUUCUCACCUGACUAUUGUCGUGAUUUCUGAUGGCAUCACAGUGUUUAUCUAUGUGACUCCGUCCCAGAAAGAAUAUCUCGAGAUCAACAAGGUCCCUUCAGUACUGAGCAGUGUUGUGGCUCCAUUCCUUAACCCUUUUAUAUAUACUCUGAGGAAUGACGCAGCGUUGGGGGUCCUCAGGGAUGUGUGGGUCAGGGUUCAAGAAGUUUUAGAAAAGAGGAUGAGGACAGUGCUGAAGAGCAGAUUGUCCUCUAACAAAGACCACUUAUGAGAGGCCAGUCCCCCCCCUCUUCACCAACGUGUAUCCAUAAUACAAAUCCCCGGUAUUAGAAAGAGAGGACUUGCCUUAGCACAUGGGAUCGUGAAUGAUCUACAGUGGAAAGAAGACUGAGCUUGGAGACAGGGUCAUGGACUAUGGCCUUGGUUCUAACUUUAACCCUGUGGCUACAGCUGUGUCACUGUGUCACCAGCGACUCUAGCCCUCAGUAUUCUCAUCUGAAGUGCGGCAGGGCUGGACGUGAUGAUCUCUGAGUCUCAUCCGCACUGAAUAUUCUAAGAAUUGCAGAAGGGCUGUGCAGCAUGUGUCUUAUUGAAUUCCCAACAUGUUUGGCCCCAUUUCCUCGUGGAUCCGAACACAACUCUCCCAUCAGCUUGGCACAAAGUCCUUCCUGGUCCCCUCUACAUGGACCCUCUUUCCUUCCAUCGUCCCUAGGGAUCUUUCUAGGAAUAAUCUUCUUUAUCCUCUGAUCCACUGUCAUAUCGUAUAAUUCACUGUUUUUCUUCAGUGGACAAAUGUAACGAUUGUGGUGGAUAUAUGUAGUCUGUGUUAUUUAAUAAUACUGCUUCCUAUAAUAGAACACGUUCAUAAUAUGCAAAAUGCUCACAUUUUUAUGUAAGACAUGGCCUUGUUCCUCCAACUGAUGGAUGCCUGGCCAGUGACCUAUGACCUCUGUGGCUUUGCUGGUUUAUAUCUAUAAACUAUGCAAACAAAUGUUUCAUUUUUAAGAGUUUGAACUAAGAGAUGCAGAGACUGUAGUAGACAAUGGUGAUGCUCCCCCUGGAAGCUCAAGUAGGCUUGAUGGUUGGAAUGGCCAUUUUAGGGACUGUGUACAAGCUGCUGAGAAAUGAGAGGAAACCAGUCUGUCUAUCAAAAAGAAUGAAGUUGGUGUAUAGAGAAAAAUAGAGAAGAGAUAGAUGAGUGCCACUCAGCUGCAGAGCCACACAUGAAGGGCCCUCCUCUCUAGUGACUUCCCAGGCAGGAAGCUGGCAGUGUUUUAUUUCCUAUUCCUGCAUUUGACGAGGUUUUUCUGUACCCAUAAAUCAAAUCCUUUUUUAUAGAGCUAUUUUGAGAAGGCAGCCAGUCCUGGUGGUCUAGUGGUUAAGAUUUGGCGCUCUCACUGCCAGAGCCCAGGUUCAUUUCCUGG